AUGGAUGCCAUGUAUGCCGUUUUCCAAGGGAUGGCCACUCGUACUCAGAAUGAGCGACCGACUGAGGAUAGAAAGCAAAGUUAUUUCCGUGAAUUUAGACGUGGACAUAUCCCUACAUUCAACAGUGAGGGUGGACCCCAGGAGGCUGAAUAUUGGUUCGAUUCCAUAGUGAAACAUUUAAACACUAUGAGAGUGCCGGAGGAAUACUGGGUAGAAUUUGUAGUGUAUAAGCUGGAAGGACAAACGAGUACUUGGUCGAAGCAGGGCGAUAUGUCAGUGAGAGAAUACGAGUCUAAAUUUAAUUAUUUAUCCCGGUUUAUGCCAUCUUUGGUGGAUUCUGAACACUUAAAAAGCCUUAAAUUUGAUAAGGGUCUUAAGAACUCGGUAAGGAGGCCAUUGGUGGCUUUAAGGAUUCAAAAUUUUUUAGAACUAGUGGCUGUUGCUACAAGCGUGGAGCAGGAUAACUUUGCUUAUCAUCAAAGUAGGGAAGCAACUGGUCAAGCUUCUGUUUCUGGUAGACCUUCUGCUUUAGGUGGGCCACAACGGAGUGAUAGAAGGAACCGCAAUCAGGGACAUAUUAGUGGAGAGAUGGCCAAUGCUGGCAGUAGUUCAUCUUGA